AUGCUUAGCUUUCUCGUUGUAGCCACUCUUUGGAUCUCGCACGGUUUCGCUGAGUUGGUCGUGCCUGACCCUACCUUCAAAGACCUCGCUCCUGUUCCUCGGCAUGUAUGGGCCGACUCGCUUGCUAAUCGCGCAGAUGCCACUGCUUCUGUGGCCCUGGCGGAUUACGAGAAGUUCAUGUGGGCUUCGAGUGAGAUGCCGGGCGAAAAACCUGUAGUCGUAAGCAUGAUCGCUUACUCAAAGCAAAACGAAAAGAUCAUCGACAUGGACCGGUUCACUUUUGCGCUGGACCCGACGACAAGCUGCACCGCGCAAGACUUUUCACUGCGCUUCAAGCACCCUCUCAUAUACGAGGCUGCAAAGGUCGCGUGGGACUGGGUCAACUACGACGACCUGCGCUCAUUUGUGAUUGUUCCGAGCUGGGAAGGGUGCGGUGGUGACCGUUCGCAUGAUCACUGGGUUGUGACAAAGGUCGAAUUUGACAACAAGGAGAGCAAGAUAGUUCUCGAGGCGAGCCCGAGUACGUGGAAGAAGGUGAUAGGUACCUUUGUGCUUGAUUUUGGUAAAGGUACUUUUGAGCAGGGUUACAACAGACGCAAUUCCUUCCCCGACCUGGAUGGGAGCUUGAUGCUCGAUGUCAGCACGAGCUUUCCAGAGGAGAUCCUAAUCUGGGAGGAUAAAUCGGGCUUUCCAAAUGCUAGGCUGCGCGCGAAUUGCACGGACUGCAGUACGGAGGGCAUAUUAGCUCUAGCCGGGCAUGUGGAAGGUAGCCUCAGCGGGACAGGCGUCAAAAUCGACAAGCUAGAGCUCUCUAUCAAGCCGCAGGGCGUCAAGAUCCGCCUUGGAGUAAGCCUGGAGCUUGAUGGAGAUGUAGAUUUCCGCGAUUCUAGCCAGCCAUCAGGAGAGGUCACCCUACUUGAUUAUCCCGUUUCUGGCUGGAGGGUUCCUGGUGUAUUCCAGUUUGGCCCGUCUUUCAAGAUUAACGCCGGAUAUGUGAUUGACUACAUCAGGGGUACCGCGGACUUUACUACAGGAGUCACAGCAGAAAUACCGGAUACCGCUAUUGUGGACUUAGACUUGAAAGCAGCAAAUUCCGGCCAGUUUUACGGUUGGACACCGGGCAUUGAGGUGAACCCAUUGGCGCUACAUGCGCAGAUCGAUGCACAGACGCGUCUGUAUACUGAGAUCGUUGCUACCGUUAGUCUUACUGUUUUGGAGGACAACGGCUUUGGUGUCGACCUCUCGCUCAAAAUCCCUCAGCUAACAUUGACCACCUCUGGUGGUUUUGACGAAAGCGGCUUCUGUGAGCCCAGCGGCGGCCAGUUCGGGGUUAAAAUCGACUCGACCGUCGGGGCCAACCUUGUCCUCGAAGGAUGGGGCGAGGUUGUCGGCCAACGCGUACCCCUCGCCAACGCUACCCUCCUCGAUGCCCCAGACCUUUUUAUCUUUCCACAAGUAUGCGAGGCUUUUGCAACUCCGCCGGAGGGCUAUCCUCUCGCUGAGUAA